AUGGAUCCCAGCGGCUUUGUCCUCAUCGGAGGGUUUGCCGUUCCAAAGUUGAAUGGCCCCGCGAACUAUUCCACAUGGAUUGGAAAGCUUGAACAUGCCAUGCGCUUCGCGUAUCCCAACCACUGGUCCAUCGUCACUGGAGAAAUGCUCCGACCUUCUCACUGCCAGGAAACUCCAGGCGUGAAUCUUCAUCUCAUCAGAGGAGUCCUUACGCAAGAUCAAAUCUUCCUCAACCAAUUCAUGACCCAGCUCCAGAUCAAUGAUCUCAUGGCGGAAUUGAACGAAUUUAUCGGUCAAGGCACUAAUCCCAGUAUUGAUCAAGAGUGGCUGGCCAAAAGCACUACUGUAUACAACGUCCUUCUUGCGACUCUGGAUGCUGAUCUUGCCUGUCCCUUCCGCCAAGGUGAAACCGGAAAAGCCUUUGAGCUCUUCACAUGGUUGCAGGACACCUAUGGAAAACAGAGUCGACGGGCCCUGAUUGAAAUGUACCAAUCUUGGCGAAGCAUCCACUAUAAUGGGGGUGAUCGACGAUCUUUCGUCAAGCAGUUCCAAGCAACUAGCCAGAAAUUAGCAGAGAUUAUUGGAAAUCCUGUCGACGUUGCCCUUGAAUUCUCCCGCUUCAUGGAUGCCAUUGCAGGUCACGAGGGAAGUCUUUUAAUUGCCGCUGAGCUAGGGAUUGAUCUCAAGAGCCCAUUUGCCUUGCACAAGUUGUACCGAUGUUUUGAAGAAGGCGUUGAAGCUGGCAUGGUCUAA